AUUUAUACUCAAACUUUACUUCUUCUCCUUAUCUCAUCACACCUUCCCCCAAUAUAUAAUAAAAUAUAAAGGGGGGAAAGAAAAUCUGUACUUUCAUCAUAUAUCAUCUACUCCACCAUUUUUACCCCAAGUCAAGAAAAUUUAACCCCACUAAUUUAAAUUUUUCCUUGCAAAUCAAACCUUAUCAUAUCCAAUUUCAUAUGGCAGCAGAAUCCUCAAACCCACCAAAUCUCAAAAUCACAGUUCAUAAAAACCCUUCACAGUCUCAACUGUCUCAACUUGGCAUCAAAUCUUGGCCCAAAUGGGGUUGCCCACCAGGUAAAUACCAGUUCAAAUAUGAUGCACAAGAGACAUGUUAUUUAGUGAGAGGUAAGGUGAAAGUUCACCCCAGAAAUCAAGAAGAGGGUGAAAGUGUGGAGUUUGGAGCUGGGGACCUUGUGGUGAUUCCAAAGGGGCUGAGCUGCACUUGGGAUGUCUCUAUUACUGUUGACAAACACUAUAAGUUUGAUUCAUCUUCAUCUUCAUCUUCUUCAUAAUCAUGAUCAUAUAUAAUUCAUUUUGUGUCUUUCAAUUCAAGAAUGGCAUCUCAAGAGAAUGGAAAGGAAGAAAUUAUGUAGUUAUUAGUCGUCUAAUGUUCUUUUAAUAUAUAGUUGUUGUCCUUUUCAUGAUGAAUAGUCGUUGGUUGAAAUUUCUUUUAAUUAUCUUUUUAUUAUCUUCAUUUUACCAGUUUAUUUAUUGUAGUAAGGCAAUUGUUACUCAAACUAACAGUUUUAAUAGAUA